AUGUGGGCCGCUCUCCUCUCUGCUCUGGCUCACCUUGCCGCUGCAGAAAAGUCUUACCACAACAUGACCUUUUUGGGACAGAAAAUGGGUGGACAGUCAUUCUUCAGUCGCAAAGAUUCCAUAAGAACAAUAUACACUUCUUUGCACAAUGAGUUACGCAAAGUAGUCACUAUGAGUCGGCACACUCAGCCCAGCUCUAGUUCCUUCCUUGAGGAUCUGCUGUCUCAUCUGUCAGAACAGCUGUGCCACUUCACACAGGCCCGCAUAGAGAUGGCAGAUAUGUAUGAGAAGAUGCUCUCAUUGGGUGCUCAGAAGAACAUCAACUUAGAAGAACUGGUCACUACAUUAGAGGCAGUCCUUCAUAAAUACAGCUCAAAAUUUCACCACCCCAUUGUUGGUCGUCUGGAGGAAGGUGAACGUCCUCUGACACACUGGCCGAACGUCAUCAUGAUGAUGGGAGAUCGAGCUGCAGAACUAAAUACACUAGAAAAAGUGGUGCAUUUCUAUGACGACAAAGUUCAAAGCACCUACUACCUGACUCGACCUGAGCCGCACUUCACUCUGGUGGUCAUUUUUGAUGGCCGCAAGUCAGAGAAAGAGCUCUACAUAACAGCCUUUUUGUUGGAGAUUUCUGCUUCUCUUAGGGUCUCUAAACCUUUCAGCACUCUAAAACCUGGUUCAAAAGGCUGA